AAAGUUUAUUGUUGUCACACAAGCAGUUUGAAAAUAAUUAUAAAACAACAAACAGAUUGAAAAUUUGGAAAGAUGCCACGUGAAGCAAUCAAUAAGACGCAUAUUCCCAUCACCAUUUUUCUCUCAACAUAACUUCAAACACUUGACAGGCGUUCUUCGAUCAAAUGGAAAAUUCAUCAUCAAUGAACAAUAAAGACGACGACGUGAUUCCCGAAGAAGCGAAGGUGAAAUUAAAGAAAUUAGCAUCACAAUGGGACGAUAUAGUGGAUCCAAAUGCCUUAAACGUUUUCAGAUUAAAGGGAGCGAUGACGAACGAGGUGUAUCAAAUCAAAUGGCCGAGUAGGAACCCGGAACAACAGCGAUCUAGGAAGGUGUUGGUGAGGAUCUAUGGGAAAGGUGUUGAUGUUUUCUUUGAUCGGCAGAAUGAAAUUAGGAUUUUCGAGUUUAUGUCUAAGCAAGGACAAGGUCCUCGUUUGCUUGGUCGAUUUCAGAAUGGCCGUAUUGAGGAAUUCAUUCGUGCUCGGACAUUAUCAGCUCCUGAUCUGCGUGAUCCAGAGAUAUCUUCCUUGAUAGCUGCGAAGCUGAGAGACUUUCAUCAGCUUGAUAUGCCGGGUCCUAAGACUGUCAUCCUCUGGGAUAGAAUGCAAAAUUGGCUUAAUGUGGCCAAAGGUCUGGCUUCUGCUGAAGAAGCUAAGGACUUUCAGUUGGACCUUCUACGAGAUGAGAUUCUAUUGUUGGAAAAGAAUCUUGCUGGCAAUAAUCUAAGCACGGGGUGCUGCCACAAUGACUUGCAGUAUGGGAACAUAAUGAUGGAUGAAGAGACAAGAUCAAUAACCUUUAUUGACUAUGAAUAUGCUGGUUACAACCAUGUUGCAUUUGAUAUAGCAAAUCAUUUUUGUGAAAUGGUUGCUGACUACCAUACAGAAACACCUCAUAUUAUGGACUUCAGAAAGUAUCCCGGCCUGGAGGAGCGCAAAAGAUUUUUGUCUGCAUAUCUAAAUAGUACAGGUAGCUCUCCCAGUCAACGGGAACUGGAGAAAUUAGUUCAAGAAGUGGAGAAGUAUACCCUUGCCAGUCAUCUUUUUUGGGGUCUAUGGGGAAUAAUAUCGCACCAUGUCAAUAAGAUAGACUUCGACUACUUGGAGUAUGCUAGGCAAAGGUUCCAGCCAUACUGGUCAAAGAAACCUGAGCUAUUGGGAUCAUCAGAUUCCAAGAAAGGUUAACAUGAAACCAAGGACUUGCUUGAUCCAUUUGUUGAUUUAGAGAGAGUUGUUGUUAUCCCCCGGAGUUUUGCUUGAAGAAAGACUUUUAAUCCUCCGAAAAUUGUGAGUCGUGAUGGAAUUUUUCUGGUCAUGAAGUUUAUCAGCUAAGUCUAGGAUUAGAUCAUCAAUUUCUGUCGAAUUUUGCUUGUUUUCUUGUGUAUAUCUCUACAGGGGUGCUGUUUUUUUUUU